AUGGCUCCUGUCGCUCUUCGAGACGUCGUGGAAAGCCCUGAACUACAGGGCUCUCCGGUUGUAUCGACCAAAGCUCGCUCAUUCCCUCUUCGCACCCCUCCAUCCCCUCCUUGCCUCGUUACCGAUUAUAUCAGAUACCAAGUUGAGUCGAAUCCUGAUGCUCCUGCGGUUCAAUGCGAGCGAGAGCAACCUUACAGUUAUGGCCAACUUUGGCAGCUCGUCGCCCACAUUGCAGCAGUGGCUCAAUUCCGCUCAGGUCGUAUAAUCCCCCUGUGUAUGGACCUAUCAGUCGAGUUUGUGGCUACCGUGUUGGCCAUCCUCUGGUCGGGAGCUGCCUAUGUCAUUCUCGACCCGGAAGGUUCUGCGCAACGGAACCGCGUCAUUACAACGGAUUGCGGCACUGAGGCUGUCGUUGUCCACGAAAAGUAUGCCUCCCUGUUUGAUAACAGCAUCACCAUCGAGAGCAUCCGGUCGAGUAAACAGACCCAUGUGCCACUUGACCUUCCUUCGAUUGGCGCAUCCGAUCUGGCAUACCUGAUCUAUACCUCAGGCUCAACCGGUAUCCCCAAGGGCGUCCUUCUUAGCCAUCGUGCCGUCUCCCAUGGCAUCGACCAAUUCCAGCUCAAUGGUCGCAACCGAUGGUUGCUCUUCUACAACCCCAUCUUCUCCGCAGCUCAGAGAACAAUUCUUGCUACCCUGUCUAAGGGCGCCUGUCUUUGCCUCGCCAGAAGGGAUCGACUCGCGACUGCUUUGCCCGAAGUAUUGACGAACCUUCAGAUCGACGCGCUGGGUAUUACCCCCUCCGCCCUCUCGUUGUUGUCUCCAGACGAGACACCCAACUCCUUGCAGCAGAUCACCACCGUUGGCGAGCCCCUCAGCCAGGCCCUUGUUGACACCUGGGCGAACAAAGUACACCUGCGGGUGUCAUAUGGGCUGAGCGAAUGUGCUCAACUGAACUUCUCCCGUCAACUGAAGACAGGUGAUAACCCCCGCAACCCUGGUCUCCCAACCGACACCACCACAGCCAUUGUCCUGGAGCCUGGCACCCUCAAGCCUCUCCCAGUCAACGAACCGGGCGAGCUCUGCCUAUAUGGCCCUCAGAUUGCCAAUGGCUACCACCGACGUCACACAGAAACCCAAGCUGCCUUUGUCAAGGCACCAGAGGGCGAGCCCGGCACGAUGAUGUUUCGCACUGGCGAUUUGGCCGCCAAGCGUGCGGAUGGAACUUUUGAAAUCCUGGGUCGUAUUGAUCGUCAGGUUAAAAUCCAUGGCCAGAGAGUGGAGCCUGAGGAAGUGGCUGCCAAACUGGCCUCGGUAACGGAGGUGGCCGGCUUGGUCUGUGUGGGAUGCUACAUCAACGACCGCAUGUCGCUUGUGGCCGCUGUUAUCCCUUCGCCCGAGUCGGACUGGGGUAGGCUCGUGCAGGAUCUGCGCAACUAUGCCCGCCAGUCCUUCCCACCGUAUAUGGUUCCUAGCUAUUGGCUGUCGUGCAGUGAAUUGCCCGUCAACCAAAACGGAAAAGUGGAUUUCCGGGCCAUUCGUCAACUUGCUGAACGCACAGAGGUUAGCCAGAUGCUGGGCCACGGCACUUCACCAGAAAGUGGUGCGGCGACCCGCUUGAGCGACCUCGCGUCGGAGAUUGCACAGGUUUGGGCGGGAGUGCUGAAUAUGCCCGCAUCCUCCAUCAUACCCACUGAUUCCCUAGUGGCAUUGGGAGGAACUUCCAUUGAUGCAAUUCGCGCGAUUCGAGAGCUAAAGCAACGCGGGAUUCACGUCGAGUUGGCGGAUAUGCUUCAAGCACAGACAGUCGAGGAAACUGCUGAUGCUGCCCAGGUAGACUCGACGCUGACUCGAGUUAGCAAUGAGCCGUCCGAGGCUUUUGCAUACAUCUCCGAUCCAGUGCUAAAGGGAAACCUCCUUGCUGACCGCCACGUUGUUGAUGCCUAUCCUGUCACGGCGCUGCAAGAAGGCAUCCUGGCCAGCACGCUCCAGGGGAACGAAGACUAUCUCUACCAACGCAUCUUUGACAUUCGCCAUCUCGACCCUGUAAGGCUUCAGUUGGCAUUCCAAGUCAUCUUCUGGCGCACUGGACUAUUGAAAUCAACCUUCGUGACCGCAGCCAAGGGCUUCGUUCAGGUCUUCCGCAAUGACUUCAACCUACCGUGGUCGGAAGUCUCCAUGAGUCUGGCAGAGUAUCUCGAGCAGGACAAACAAAGAGGCAUCACACUAGGAGAGCCAUUCAUGCGUGUCGCUGUCCUAGAUGGAAGCAUUCUCGUCGUCUCGGUCCAUCAUGUACUUUUCGACUUCUGGUCACACAGGUUCCUUUUCGAUGACGUCGCUAGUGUGUACUACGGCCGUCGUACUGAGAAGCGCCCAGAGUGGAAGUCGUUCGUUGCGCUUCUGCACGCACGAGACACGAAGCCAUCCCAGGAGUUCUGGAGAGAACACCUCAGCGAGGCGGUUCCAACAAUUCUCAAUUAUGCUCCUGUGGAGACAACAUCCUCGGUUAGGCGCAUUGUUAGCCAGGAGGUCAAGGCUGCAUCAUCAGCUUUGCGUGCGCCUCUGAGUGCAAUCAUCCACGCAGCUUGGGCUCUAGUUCUCUCAUCCCACAUUGCUUCAAAGUCCGUCACAAUGGCAACUGCUGUUUCCGGUCGCGAGUUACCUGUUCCCGGUGUUGAGGCCCUGAAUGGGCCCACGCUGGCUGUUAUUCCCUACGCCGUCGCAAUUGAUCCGGAGCUGACACUUCAACAGCUGGUGCAGUCUGUCAACACCAGUCUCUGGAAGGCCAUCAAACACUCCCAGUUUGGAGUCCGUAAUGCCCUGUCCGCUGCCGAGCGCCAGAACACUAGUCUCUUUGACACCAUGGUUAAUAUCCUCGCCAGCGAGACGACUAAUAAUGAUAUUUCCAAGGAGGUGUUCCAGCUUCAUGGCCCGCGGCCAGUAUGGAGAACGGAGUACACAACACUGAAUGUUGAGGAGGGUGUUGGAGGUCUCGACGUUACGCUCACCUCGCCAAUGGACGUGCGUCGUUUGGAAUUUAUCCUCGAUCAGUUUUGCAUGGCGUUGGAGGCCAUUGCAUCCAAUCCUCGACAGACCGUCAAGGCAACAAACCUGGUAAGCGAGACAGAGCUACAACUCAUGCUUCAGUCACAUAACGACUUGCCUGAUGCGAACCUCACGUUGCAUGGCCAAUUCGAAGGCACGGUCCGCCGCUACUCUGAUCGGGUCGCGAUCAACUACCAGAACGAGCUGUUCCUUACAUACGAUGAGUUGAAUACUCAAGCAAAUCGCAUGGCGAACUAUCUUUCCGAGCGCGGGGUUAUGUCGGGUGACAUUGUACCUCUUCUCUUGGAGAAAUCGCCACUGAUGAUCAGGACUAUUCUCGCGUUGUUCAAGCUCGGCGCUGCUUAUGUGCCUUUGAGCCCUGAGAAUCCUUUGGAAAGGAACGCGUACAUCGCUCGCGACGUCAGCGCCAAGUUCGUCCUCACGGAGAAGGAAUUUGAGUCGUACUUUGCCUCGGAAAGUGACAUUCCUUGCAUCCUCUUGGAUCAGGCCAGACUUCGCGCCUAUUGCCCCGAGCCACAGCAAAUCAUUGUCUCUCCGGAUUCCCUUGCCUACCUCCUCUAUACCUCAGGAAGUACCGGUCUUCCAAAGGGUGUCAUGGUCACACAUGGUGCCUGUGCAGCUGCCAUGCAGUCGAUCAUCGAAUUUGAGCAUCGACAGGGUCAGGAAUCAAGGAUGCUGCAGUUCUCCAACUACGUCUUUGACGUCUCGCUGUAUGACUUUUUCGUAGCACUGCACAGCGGUGGGACUCUGUGCAUUGCACCCUCAGACCGCCUGUUGAACGACCUAGCCGAGGUUAUCAACGAGAUGAAUGUCAACCAUGUUUUCCUGACUCCUACGGUGGCUCGUCUGCUGAAUCCUAGCGAUGUCCCGACCUUGGAAUCCAUGACCGUUGGUGGUGAGCAGCUGACCCGGGACGUGGUGACAACAUGGGCUUCACGCGUGAAACUUCGCAAUGGGUAUGGGCCCACUGAGGCCUCCGUCUUGGUGACCAUGAAGGACGUCGAUAUGGACACAAUCGGAGGUAAUAUUGGCAAGCCCCUCGCGUCUGUGGGUUCCAUCAUCCUGGAAGCAGAUGGAGUUCGCCCACUCCCUUAUGGUGCUGUCGGAGAGCUCUGCUUCUUUGGACCCCAGCUUGCGCAAGGGUAUUUCAAGAAACCUGAUAUUACCAGUGCCGCCUUUAUUGAGAGUGAAAUGCUCAACGGGCAAUGCUUAUACCGAAGCGGUGACUUGGCCAGGUAUCUUCCCGAUGGGGAUAUUGAGUGUCUGGGGCGCAAGGACGACCAGGUCAAAAUUAACGGACAUCGAAUCGAGCUGGGGGAGAUUGAACAGGCAUUCUUAAGAACCGGCGAAGUCAAGGACUGUGUGUUGGCCGUCUGGAAGCAGAACAGCACCGCUCAUCUUGUCGCGAUUACCGUUUUCGAUGGUGCAGUGGCUGAGAAACCGGGCGAGAUCCUUCCCCUGGAAGGCUAUGUUGAGAAUGUGCAACGCGUCCGAGCUAAGCUCACUGGGCUGACUCCAUACAUGAUUCCAAAAGCAAUUCUCCCUCUAUCGUCGCUACCAAGACUGCCCUCCGGCAAGGCCAACCGCAAGCAGCUCAAGGCGAUGCUGCAGUCGCUGAGCCAGGGUGAACUGACCAAAUUCUCCUUUGACAAGGUCGGCAAUUCGCAGUCAAAGGGUGCCAUUAUCCCUCUAGUAUCUGAGACACAAAAGCUACUGCAACAAGCAUGGAUCGAUACCCUGCAGCUUUCUGAUGACCAAUUUGGUUUGGAAGCCGACUUCCUUAGCCUCGGUGGAGAUUCCAUUGCCGCCAUCAAUCUCGUUAGCUACCUCAGGCGCAAGCAGCUCAAGAUCUCUGUGCGAGAUGUGCUCAAAUACCCUGCUCUUGAGGCCAUGGCCGACCAACUGAAAGGCGAGUCGGAUGAUGUACAGCAAAUCAAACAGCAGACUUUCGUUUCUCCAUCGGAUGUUGAUGCUGCCAUAUCUGCUACUGGUCUGCAGCCGACUGAAUAUGAGUACAUCUAUCCUUGCCCACCAGGACAGGCCGAGUUCCUGACCCAAGGUGCACAUCCUGAGGCGUUGUGGAGUCUGAUGGCAGUCCGAAAGGUCGGUACCAACUUUGACUCAAUACAGUGGGUUGAUCUGGCUCAGCAGCUGACAACGACCAAUGACAUUCUGCGCACAACCUUUACUCGCUGUCACGGAAAGUGGUAUGGUGUCGUGCUCCGCGAUGCAACCCCCGUGGUCGAAAUCUAUGAAAAUGUCAGCGACGUGGAGCAGAGAAACCAAAUCAUUCAAUCUCUUGACCAUCACCGCUUUGUGUUUGGCCAGCCCUUCAUUCGCUACGCCAUUCUGCAUCUAUCGACGGGUGAGACCGAAAUCGUCACGAAGCUUGAUCAUGGCCUAUACGACGGAACGCUUCUCCGCAUCUUUGGUGAGCACUUUGAGGCUUAUCAGCGUGAUGCUGUGUUGGAACGCUUCACUUCAUUCAAAGAAUUUGCAUUCCACAUUUGGCAGAUGGACAAGUCUCGCACGCUAUCGUUCUGGAAGGAAUCCACGAAACGCCCCAUUGCCUUCGAGUUUCCCAGCAGCAGUGCUAACGAGCCACGCAUCAACUCCGUCCAUGUACAUACCAUCAAGCUUGAAUUUGAUACAUUCGCCAAGGCUACCGGUGCCACUGUCUCCAUCAUCUUCCAGUCUAUCUUCCAGCUCUGGCUGGCGCUGCGCAGCAACCAACGCGACGUGGCCUUCGAUUACCUCUACACAGGUCGCAACAUUGAUCUCGCUGACCCUCAAACCAUCAACGGGACGUGUGCGAACUUCCUUCCCAUGCGGUCGGCAGUUGAUGCGUCAAUGCCCGUGUCCGAAUUCCUUCGUCAGACCCAGGAUGAAUUCUGGCAGUACACCGAGAAUAGCACAGUGGGCAUGGACGAGAUUCACGAAGCCUGUGAGACUACACGCGAAGGGUUCUCAAACAAGACCCUCUUCCUCUUCCAGCCAUUUGAACCAGUCAUCGCGACCGAGAAGCAGUACCAGAAAUGGAUUGUUAUGGCCAAGUCGCAGGUGACAAUGCCGCAGCCAUACGCGGUAGUAUUUGAGGUUGUCAAAACCGCCGAUAUGAAUGAGUAUAAGCUCAAGUUUGCCUUUGACAAGCGUAUCUAUGCGAAGGAACAAGUACAAAAUGAGGCCCAAGUGAUUGAGAAGAUGUUGGCGAAGGUGAUGGAGGAUGCAGAGGCGUCUGUGGGUGAUGUUUUGGCAUCCUUGCGAUCUUGA